AUCUAAAGAUUUAUUUUUCUAACCUCAUUUUACACUCAGUGAUUUAAAAAUUAAUCAUCAACACCAAUAAUUAAUUAUCAAUUAAUUCAAAUAAAUCUUAUGAGUUUUAUUAAAAAUUUAAAUUACUUACCGCUAAAAAAAUUAUCAUUUAAUUUUGCUCACUUAUUUAUAAAAUUUAACACAAGUUUCCACACUGACUCACACAAUCAACGCACACUUAAUAAAAUAAAAAAUAAUAAAAUGUGUGCGUUCAAAUUAAGUGACUACGAUUGCAUCGGAUUUGAUCUAGAUCACACAUUACUGUGGUACAACGUUACUAAUAUGGUAGAAAUGGAGUACAAAAUACUAGCAAAUUAUCUAGUCAAUAAAAAAGGAUACAGUCCUUCCUAUUUACAAAGGCCAUUAAAUGAACAGGACAUUGAUUUCAUGCAGAAGGGAUUGAUCCUAGACUUUGAUCGCGGCAAUAUCCUCAAGCCUGAUAGCGAUGGUAUAAUAAGACAAGCGAAUCAUGGAAGUAAAUCACUUACGGCCGAUGAAAUAAAUUCGAUUUAUCCAGACAAACGUUGGGAUGCCAUUGAUGCGUUCAUAAGUAAUCCGCUGGAUGUAUGGAACGGACCCUACUCCCAGAAAAUGCGAUCGCUGUUGGAUUACUUUGAUAUGCCGGGUUGUCUGGCAUUCGCGCGUGCUGUUGAUGAUAUUGACAACAGAAUCGGUAGAAUUUCAGAUAAAUAUGAGGUAUGGGCUGACAUUUUGAGUGCUCUGACGAACAUGUAUGACAGAGAACACUUUAAAAAAAAUUUGGGUGACUAUUUUGCCACUUUGAAGGCUGAUCCUGACAAAUAUCUGCGGAAAUGCAGCGAGGAAAUCAUCAGUUGGUUGCGGAAAUUGAAGAAAACCAAAGUUACUUUUUUAAUCACUGGUUCCAAUGCCGACUUUGCUGACUUUACGUCGCGUCAUACCAUUGGAGAUGACUGGAGAUCUCUGUUUGAUGUCGUAGUUUGUUUUGCUAAAAAGCCGGGGUUCUUUACGGACAAGCGCCCGUUCCUUAAGUUGGAAGGGUUUGAAGAAGCUGGUGAAGUUGAGGGCAAGGAAUUGACCCGCGGGGGAAUUUACUCCCAAGGAAAUUGGGGAGAGAUGAAGGAUUUAUUUUCUAGAAUCACUGGAGUUGAAAAUUCUAAAUGCUUGUAUUUUGGGGAUAAUUUAAUUCAGGACAUUUAUGUACCGGCUAGACAUGAUUUGGAUACUGUGGUAGUGAGCGAGGAGAUGCAUGCAGAAGGAAUGGAUCAUAUGAGUAUCAGUCAUCCAGAUGAGAAAACUAUGCUGUCAAAUUAUUGGGGAUCAUAUUUUUCAAUGAAAAGUGAUGAUACUGAUACUUUGAAUAAAAGUUACUGGAGUUAUUUAAUUGAAAAUUAUUCUAAAAUUUGUAUUCCUUCUAUUAAAAUUAUCGCGCGUAAUCCGCUAGAUAAAACUUAUCAAGCUUUUGACAAAAAUGAUCCAAGUAAACAUGGAUACUAUCCAGCUAAACCUAAUGGUCUUUGUAAAAAAUAAUUUUAAUAAAAUAAUUAAAGAUUUCAAUAGUUCCGGCAAUAAGUCAGCAAUUAUUUUUACUCAGGGAACCACAAGUACAAUCAUUACAUGAGCAGCGUAAGAACACAAGGAAAAUGAAGAAAACUUAUGAAAGAUUAGAAGAAGAUCGAGC